CAUAGUCUAUAUGCGUAUGGAUUUAUUUAACUUUUUUUUCGAUCAAUCUAAUCUGGUCGUAAGGAAUAUUUAAAAACUAGCCCACCUCAGAAAAUAACACAACAAAGUUGCCAAACGUGCCAGAAUUUUCUAUCCUUGGGAUUUUUAUACUGUAGGCAUUUUCUCAAAUAAUUACGGUAACAUUUACGCAUGCCCACUAGUCAACAUCCGGAAGCGAGAUUGUUGCGGAGAACGAUAAGUGCCUAGAAUGAGAAAUCCUGAAAAAGGCGAAUAUAUAUCGUAGGUUUUGAGGUAUUCUCAAUUUCGUGAAACAUUACUGCAUUUUGAUGAUAUCUGCUAUCUCGGAGAACACGACCAGGCUAUUUAGACAUCCCACGAUAGACAAAACGGACAACCACUUCAGCUUCAAGGGUCUUGAGAUCUUGAGGAUCCAACCAACGUCCGCCUGAACAGCUGUUGUCUAAGCUGCCCUCUUUAUUCAGCGUUUGUUUGAGAAUUUGUAUUUAGCAUUCAUGAAAUACUUUGAAAUACCAUAGAUUGCGAUCUACGUACACUUAGUGGGCGUAGCGAUCUUUCAAGCAUGGUGUAUGGAUGUGUGUUUAACUUCGACUAGAUUUGUUUAUCGAACUAGCGAUAAUGUCCUCUUGUUAGCCUUUGAGUAACGGUGAUUUUAGAACAUCGUUAAUGUAAACUUAUUGUCAUGGAUUAGGCAAAUACUACUUACGCAGAGGCUCGUACUCGGCGACUGUUUCGACUGAUAAGGUGUAUUUAUGAUAAGUGGACGAAUCGAGGACCAAAAUUCGUAGCUACAAUUAGCUCCACGACAACAUAGGCUAUUGUAUUCAUACACCGCAUAAUUUCAUAACUCUCUAGACGCUUUGCAGAGGAGCACUUCUGUUCAAAUCUGUCAGAUAUCACAACAGGAGAAUGGCAGACUCUCUGAAGACCUUCCAGGUGCAUCUCACAGCGGUCAUGGACAGUUUAGUCCGUGCGUCGGUGUGUGAGAUCACCAAACUCUUCCAGGACACCGUCAACGACUAUUUAGUGGAAAUAUCUUUGAAUAGAAAAGAGAAUGAAGCCUUGAAACUCAGACUGAGACUGACCGAGAAUAAGCUAAGGAAUGAGCGCAAGUAUGGUCUCAGUUGGGCGAGCCGCCGGGCUGGCCUUAUGGCUUCGGAUGAUGGUGGGCGAAAGAAGCGUAAAGCGGACAUGGCCAGAGGAAAGGCAGGGAAGGAGUGGAGUGGUAGAGCGUGGGAGGAGGGGGUUGGAGAAGCGAGGGAGGAGGGUAGGGACGUGUACCUCGUUCAUCUGCCUGAAGGAGAAGAGGAGGAGAGGGAGGAGAGAAGACGUGCCUCUGGGGAGGGAAAGGAGCCAGCCAACAUCAAAGAGGAGUCUUCUGAGCGGGAGUCUGGUUACAGACCGGACUCUCUUCGGCUGAUCCAAGAAGCUCUACAGAUGGAGCCUAACGAGCCAAAAUCUACUGGCCCUCACAGUCAUACAAAUGUAGAUCUGGACCCAGCCAGCGGCUCUGUUGGAUUGGCUUCUGAUAAUCGCAGCCCCUCUGGCCUGUCCGGUGCCCAGGAAGACUGGAAGGGAGAACCGGCUUGUGCUGAUGGAGCUGAGGAGGGUGGGGCCAGCGUGGACGAGCUAAGUGGCCUCGAGACGGCCUUACGGGCAGAGCGGGAGAGGGAGAAGGCCAGGUCAGGGCUCAACAGCCCAACUCAGUUAGACAUGACCGACACCAGGGGUGACAUGGAGUAUGUGAUGAGCCCCAAGUACAUCGGCCUGGAUGGACUCUGCAGCUCCCAGCAGCAGCCCGCCUCCCCACACAGAGCAGCAGGCCCAGCCACCACAGGCUGGACCAAGAGAACCCGAGAGGCAGUCAGCAGCUCGCCGCCUCUCCUAGAGCAGGGAGAGGGACUACAACUCCCAUCAGCCACUGGGAGCCUGGAAGAGGAGUCUGGUGGCGAGGGCGGGGACUUCCUGCAUUUUUGCACACACUGUGGUGGCGGCUUCAACUCCACUGAGGACCUGGAGGACCACGCGUGCCCCGUUGGCGGCGACGAGGAGCAGCCAUUCCAGUGUGCCACCUGCGGCCGUGCCUUCAGCCAAGCGUGGGCCUUGAAGAACCACGAGUGCGUGCCCAGCGGCGAGAGGCCCCACCGCUGCGAACUGUGCGGCAAGCGCUUCAUGCACUCACGCUCUCUGGAGCGCCAUCAGCUGGUGCACACAGGCGAGAGGCCGCACCGGUGCCCGCAGUGCGGCCGCAGCUUCAGUCGCCUGGGCAACCUGGAGCGUCACCAGCGCAUCCACACAGGCGAGCGGCCGUACGAGUGCGGCGCCUGCGGCAAGCGGUUCAGCCGCGUGGAGUACCUCAAGAGGCACCAGCACAUCCACAGCAGCGACCGUGCCGAGGGCCAGGGCCUGCAGUGCCAGCAGUGUGGCAAGACCUGCAGUGACCCGGAACAACUCAAACAGCACCAGUGUUUCUACAACAUAUAAUGCAGCAUAACAAACAGGCACAGACACAAUCUGCUCCCAAAAAAAAAAAAAAAUAAAUACAAAAAAUGUUGGACAUAAUGGCAGCCUAAUGACCUCAGACAUUUCAAAGACCAUCUGUACUCUGAAAUGGUAAUCAUACACAGAAAAGGACACAGACUCUCACGCAAUUCAAAGGCAACCAGUGCUGUCAAGUUCAGUUUAUUAACCAAUAAUAGUUAAGGACCUGCAUCACCUUAAGACCAUAGCAUACAGAAGUCAAGUGGUUACACGACUGUUGUUUCUUGUAUGUAACAUACAAUUGCUUUAAAUCUGUACACUCCAUGUAGUAGUACAUGUUUCUGACAUGCCAUAGCAUCUUCAGCUUCUGUCGAGAGAGGCAAAAAACUGAAAGAGAUUUUUUUCCCCCUUUGAAAUUAUGAAUUUAUCGGUCUUGUACAAACCAUUAGAAUGUGUUGGACUUUAACUUGUGUUUUGUGUUCUAUUCAAAAAGACCCUAAGACCCUGUUUGAAAAAAAAUAAGAUUUUGAAAAUUACUUUUCUUGUAAGAGGCUCUGCAUUUUAAGCAUACUUUCACAAGAAGUUACUGAUAAUGUUCAUUCUUUUUCCUGGAUAAAGGCCUUUUCUUGGUAUAAAUGGAUGCUUUAUUCAUACCCUAUCAAUGUCAUCUCUCUUAUCUCUUCUAGUAGGCCAUAGAGCCUUAUGGAGUGACUACAACUUUCUCUUUUUGUACAAGUUUACAUAAUGUACUUUGUGUCAAUAAUAAAUGAACACACAUUAAUAAAGAAUGCUACUCUUUUGUGUGGAUUUUCAACACUUGUGAUGUCAAGCUCAGUAAGUAGUCCAAAAGUUUUAAGAAAUAUGCUCUGUCUAAUUUUUUUCAUAUUCUAUGGGUCCAUGUUCAGGCACUUUAGAUGAUUAAAGUAUGUUAAUAAGAAAUAGUAACGCUGUAGGGUACUGCUAAUGUUUGUACACAAAACUUGCAUAAGCCUGUCACCAAACCUUAGGCUACAUGUAAUAUUCAAUUCAAUGUUGCUGUAUUAGCAUAACUGUAGCCUACAGUGUUGCCAAAGCACAAAACAAAACAUAAAAAAAUGUACAGUAUCAAUUAGAACAUUGAGGAAAACGAGAAGACAAGACUACAGUGCAACACCAAAUUAUGUUUUUAUAUAUUUUUCUUGUCUUUAUCUGUCAUAGUUUUAUCAUCUAUCUAUUUUUCUUUUGUUUAUAAUCUAGUCUGAAAAAGGUCAACGCGAAUUACACCGGAAGUCAUCGUGAUCGUGAUGUCAACAAGGUUGAACAAACUGUCGAGUUUUAUGUAGCGAUUCUCUUGGUGCUCAAAUACGUAGGCCUACGCAGGGCAUCCAUUAACAAACAAACAGCUCAUUUGGCACAAACAUGAACGAAGACCUUCGUGUUUUUCAGACGCAGUUUGCAUCUAUAAUGGAGAUUCUUUUUAGUGCAGCCAUGGCUGAAACAGCUAAACUCUACGAGUCCUGUGUUAUGGAGCUCCGCGCUGAGAUCAGUCGGGUCCAGGCAGAGAACAACACACUGAAAUGUCGCAUAAUCCAAACACAGGAGGGUGCGGUAGACAACUCAGUGCACAGCGAAGAAUGGAUCUCAGAAAACUGUCACAUUGUAGGAAGAAGACCACCGUCAAAGACAACAGAGUCUAGGCUCGCUGAAAUUAUCAUCACACAGGAGCACCUGGAGGGCAAGGAGGGAGUCCCUCUCAUUAAAGAGGAGGCUACAGACUCCAAGGAACUCGAAGGAAUUUCUCGGACUUCACCUGAGGUACACACAGAGACUCAAAUACAGUUAACAGCUGAACAAAAUGGGGCGUGUAGACCUCCACCAAGUCCCACUGGCGCAGAGUGCAAGACGGAGAUCAAAGUGGAAUCAUCUCCCCAGCCUGUCAGUAUGGAAAUGAGGACUGUGACGCUGGAGCAAAGCAGCGCUAGUGCAGCGGCUCUCCAAAAAGUCUCCCAUAAAGCACAUGUGUCAACAGACCCGUCUGACCGUGCUCACCCUUCAUACCGGCAGCACAGUGUCAGCCGUGGCCAACCUCAGGCUGCAUGCAUGGCCCCUGUCUCUCCCACUGGCAACAAACUCACCGUGGAUAUUUCAACAUGCCACUUUGACCAUCAGAGUGAGGAGCAGAGUAAUUAUAACACGAGCUUGCCUUUACCCAACAGACCAGCGUGCACACCUCCUACCUUUAAUGGAAGUGCUACCAGGACAUUACAGAAGACAAUGCCAGUGCGGCAUCUUCCCAUGAGCUCUUUCCCUGGUGGCGGCCAACACCGCUGUGUGAACUGUGGUAAGACAUUUCACAGCCAGCAAGGUCUCUGUGGACACCAGCAAGUGCACCAGAAUGAGAAGAGACACCAGUGUUCUCAGUGUGGCAAGAGCUUCCUGUAUCAGUCCCGCCUAGCACAUCACCUGAAGAGUCACAGCGGAAAGGAUGGCUACAGCUGCAGCUUCUGCCACCGCAAGUUUAUCUCCAAAGCGAACUUAAACCUCCACCUCGUCUCACACUCUAAAGAGCAUCCUUUCGAGUGCAGUGUCUGUGGUUUGACUUUUGGGAACCGUGCCGUGUUCCACGCGCAUCUGAAGACCCAUUCUGGGGAACCACGCUACACUUGCGCCCACUGCGGUAAGAAGUUUUUGGACCUUGGGAAUUUUUCCCGGCACAAGCGCAUCCACACCGGUGAAAGGCCAUACAGUUGUGAGGUGUGUGGAAAGUCCUUUAUCCAGUCGGCUCAUCUGAAGAAGCACAUCCUCAUACACAGAUGAGGUUAAAUAAACUCACAGCUCAGACUGAUAAACUGAGGCUCGCACUUCUAAGAUCAUCUCACAAAUACAUACAUACACUGACAUCAUCAGCAACAUUUUUCUAAAUAACACUAGUAAUUUUGAUUAUAAAAUAUACAGUACAAUUGAUUCAGAACUGAUUCUAUUUUGCAUAGCUGUGUUUUUUUUCUUUCUACAUUGAUAUUUGGAGUUGGGACACUUGAAUGGCAAAAUAAACUAAAGAGAAACUGA